AUGCCCCUCAAAAUUCUCUGCUUCGGCAACUCUCUAACAGCAGGCUUCCGAUCCUAUGGCAUCAAGCCCAAUCAUCCAUAUGCACUGACCCUAAAAGAACAACUCCUCUCCGCCGAACUAGAUGCUUCGAUUCUAGGGGGUGAUGGGCUAGUUGAUAUUGAUGUUGAGGGGCAACCGGGUGAUUUGGUGAAUUGUCCGCCUGGAAGGUUUCUGGAGAGGAUGAAGAGGAGAUGUUACGGCUCCUUCAGCGCAGACCAGAUCUACACCGGCCUCAAAAAAACCUGGUCUCUAGCCCUAUCCUCCUCGCCAACCACCAAAGUCCUUGCCCUCACAGUGCCCGAAUGCGCAUACAAAUCCGAGAAAUUAGAUCGGAAUCGAGAUGCGUUGAACAAAUUCAUUUUGGAGCAUAAGGAGGAAAGAUUUUAUGCAUUUGACCUCAAAUCGGCGAUUCCGUAUCACGACAUGGAUGAGCAGCGCCGAGAGGAGAAUUGGGAUGAUGGAUUGCAUCUUACGGAUAAGGGGUAUGACUUGAUGGGGGAAGUUGUUUCGGAAAGGCUUCUGGAGUUGUUGACGAAGCCCCCUUCUACUUGA